CCAAACGCCAAAGCAAAUGCAACCGUUGUCGUCCCUAUGGCCGUCCAGGCCUUUCUCGUAGCAGAUGACUUUGGCGACACGCUCUACCAAAUUGCACCGAUUACGCAGCCUGAUCUUUUUAAGCUCCAGCAACUCCAACAGCCAGAUAGAUAUACAUCUCAAAUUGGAGGAGAGGGAGGCGGCGAAUGGGAUCACCAUGACCUCCUAGGCAAGGUUGAUACGAGUUGGUGGAGACUACAGGCCGAGUAUAACCCUCGAUUCCGAGACUUGACGACAGGAGGACCACGAGAAAAUCGUUCUGGAGUCUAUCUUAGCUGGUGCCUGCCAAAACUCUAUCGAUCUGCAAUCACUGCCACUGAGAGUGCUGUCAGCACACCCGAAGACCGCAAGGCAUUCGAGGAAAGGAAGCUUCAGAGCGGAUAUAGAAUUAAGGAUGCCAAUGGAGAGGCAAUACCAGACGAAAAAAUCCAGUUCCGUGCUGUGCCAGAUCGCUGGAUAGUGCUCAAAGCCCCGCGGACUGGACCCCAAGCGGGAACGGAGAUGUGGAAGAUUAUUGAGAGCAACUGUAUGCGUGUAUUUGACCAUGAUGAGCUUAUAGCCAACAAUGGUCAAGAUAUUGAAGUUAUCACGUCUCCAGGUAUUAACCCAGCUGAUUUGGGUCCAGCCAGCCUGGAUGAGAAGGAACCCCCCAAGCCUAUGACAAUGGGCCGAGCCGCUUACUUGACCCAUACAGAGCUUGAAUCACUGCCUGAUCGAAUACACCGUAGUCCUUUCAAUGCCUUUGAGAUGGGUCAUGAAUUCUUCGUUGACUACCAGCCACACAACAUGGGCGUCUUUUCUUUCUUUGACGCUAUGGACGACUGUGCUGGAAAAUCUGGAUCUGUCACGGUUGAUUAUGCUGUCAUUGGGUAUCACUCGGAUGCCCGUGAUGACCCUCUGAUGCUUGAUCAACCCCAACAAACAGACACAGCUCCCCUGAGGAACAGAGACAUCAUGGAUGCCCUGGACCUUAUGCUGGACAAUGACCGCCCGUCUGAAGAUACAGCAAAAGACGAAGCUAGGACCUUUCUUAAGAGCUAUGCUAGCAGAGACGGCCGGACUAUCACAUACGGCUUGCUGCGCAACGUGCGUUUCGACCGCAGUAGUGUCAACCAUUUGAAUGCCCCAUCAAUCAAGCUCCAAGAAGAUAUCUAUUCUCACCAGCCUAUCGCUGUUGGACUCCACACGCUGGACGCUUUGGCAGCUUAUAUGCAUGUCGCUCUAGGUGGUUCAUCUACCGCUAUCCAAACUCUCUUAAACCAGGUUAUCAUGUUAGUUGCCAGGGAGGAUGAUGUUGAUUCCCAACGCAAAGCAGCAGAUGAAGUGGCAAGCCAUUCUUGGGUCGGUCAAAAAGAGGGAACUGUGUGGAAUCUUCCGCAAAACGAUAAUGGAGAUGAAAAGAUGCCGACCUUCAACGAUGAGCGACGUAACGACUUGUCCAAGUUGAACUGUCUUCAGGCACGGUGGGAUGCGUGCAUACGUGAAGAGGAACAACUCACCCAGAAGCUUUACGGCUGCUGGUGGAAUGCAAUGGGGAUGCGUAAGCUUCCUGUCGAGGUUCUUACAUCACGCCGUGAGAGAGUCAGGCAAGAAGCUUUUACAAUAGGCAACAGACUGGACAUCUUGUCCAAAAAGAAACAGGCGCUCCAGGAAACGAUUGAGUAUGCAAAGAUCAAACUGGAAAAUUUACUUGGAGGUGGUAGAAGCAUGAAGCUUGUUGCAGUGCCAACCCGUCCAUUUGGUCGACACCAGGAUCCUACUAUACUCCUUGCCGGCGCCAAAUCUGGAUGGCCAUCCGAUUUCUCCAAGCCAUUGCCUGUUCGCCUUGCAUCAGAAAUUGCGCCUAAAGCACCUGCAAACUCUAAUGAAGACUGGAUGAAUCAGUAUAUGCCCGAAAUAUCGGCGCCUGUGAACCCUCUGUUGCGUGAUUUCUUUGAGCCCGAGGAAGAUAAGAGAAGUAAUGCAACUGAACGAAAGAGUCCGUACGCAGGCAUCGAGAAUAUGCAAGACACUCAAGGAUGGUUCCCGCUCUUCCUUGAGUGGGAGAUUGAGUACUAUCACAUUCCUUUCUCAAAAUGGACCUUUGAGCCAUCGGAUGAAGACAGCGGCCGAUGGCGAUGGGUCAUUCCUCCUGAAAAUAUUCUCGCCCAGGACCCUGCGAUUGCCAAAGACUGUCGCCGAAUUCACGGCCGCACGCCUUUUCUACCGGAGUCGGCACUUACGUUGGGUUCACGGCUUGAGCAGCUAUUUGAGCAAACGACUGACAAGGAUGUUCUCGGCUGGAAGGAUGAGAUUCUGGAUAAGGUGUCUUCGAUCGAAUAUUUCUCUUCGCCUCUUUCAGGACUCACAGAUAACCUGCUAACUCUUCGCCUGGGGCAUCACCACCGCCCCACAGCUGCUUCAUGCUCUGGAGACUCGGUUAUAACGAAUAUCCUUGGCCUGAAACCCGAUAUACUCAAGAAAAUAGAGGGCCUGGCACCAGAGCUUGCUCCCUAUGGCGCUUCAGCCACGGCAGUAUCUCCACCUGAGUACUGGGACAAUGAUGCUACCCCCUUUAAACCAGUUAUGCAUGGUCAAGCACGUUUCACUAGACUUGUUGUGGUGGACAAGUUCGGACAGAUUGUCUCUGGAAUUCGACCUACAGAAUAUGGCGACAAUAGCAAAGGAGAGUCAUCGGCAUUGUAUCCAUGCCUGUCGCCCGGUCUCACCUGUGGUGUACUCGAUCCUAAAGAAACAGGUGAUAUCUACUUGCCCAACACUGCUAUAGAAGCAGACAAGGAUCACAACGUGUGCCAGUUCUUCCAACUGCCCCCUCGCAUCAACGAGCAUGCUCGACUCAACGUGCGUUUCUUGAUGCCGGGAGACGGGAUCCGUCAUCCAGCCACGGAAUGGGAAAAUCCGAUUUGGGCUUGGUUAGUGACUAAUUUUCAAAACCAUUCCAUACAGGUAUACGACGGUGACGGCUGUUUCGUGCGAGAAGUUGUCAUCAUUAACGAUGCUAAAAACCCCAGCGUGGUCUUUUCCAUGGGUCCCGACGGUAAGACGCACUCAAAGUCGCCUACUGGCAGGCUAGCCGAGUUAUUGAACUCUAUGGAACAAUUUGACUUCUCAUACUCGCUGUUUGAUAUGCUUGGCGGAGCUGCUGAUAGCAACUGGCGUUCUUCGAGCGCAAAUCUUGACGAUAUGCUCCCAGCUGCAUUCGGCCGCCCUGUUUGUAUUGCAGACAUUGGUAUGUCAAUUGAGCUGGCCGCCCCUGCACUGUCGACCGCCUCUCUUCUUUGUUCCACAGCUUCAUCAACUACAAAACCAACAAGUAUUCUUGAUUACACAUUUCCCAUCGCUAUGGGCAACCACACGGCUGCAUUCGACGGCCUGGUAGGGACAUUUCCCUCCAGUGGUCCCAUAACUGUGCAAAAUAUCUCAACAGCAUACAGUCGGUACGCUAGCAAAAAUGCAAGCAAGCCAGGCGAUGGGUACACAUCAGCAGAGGCAAGACCUCAACCAUUAGAAGUGAAGCCAUACUUCAUUCCUGGAGACACGGGUAUUGAAGACGAAGACUUUGCCAAAGCACACAAUGCCAGCCUCACACAAAACAGCAUUAGCGCAAUUAUUGAUGUCAAGCUGCCCAUACACCUGUAUUCUGGCUCUCUGUUCCCCAUGGUAGAGCUAUCAUUACCACGAUGGCCAGUCGACAAUGCCAUGAGCAACAUGCAAGCCUUCUUCGCCGCCGGUCCAAUCCUGAUUCCUGAGAAGCCGCGCAUGGAUCUUUUCCACACAGCAACAGAACCAUGGGAAGCAACUGUAAAGAUGCCGUCAGCAGCAGUGGCUGACGACUCCUGGCGCUGGAUGCAGCCUAGGCUGGAAAACAUAGAUGCCUAUGCCAUGGAUGAUGAUGAACCAACGAUGGCGAGGACGGUGUGGGAACCAAUGCAGAUCAAAUCCUUGGAUACAUCAUUGAAGGUUGAGACCGCUGCUCGUAGUGAGAUUGUAGAAGGAUAUGUUAUGGUGCAG